AAAAGCAGAACUGUUGCUAUGUUGUCAGUUUUUAUGCUAUCUGCAAUUGUUCACGAAUAUAUCGUAGCCAUUUCUCUCAGAUUUAUAUUCCCUCCUUUAUUCACAUUAUUUUACAUAGCUGGUAUUAUAUUCAUUUUUAUGACUCGAAGAAGAACCUCAAACUUCUGGAACUUUUUCCUUUGGUUUACUUUGUUGCUAGGAUAUGGACUUUUACUAGUUUUCUACUCUUUGGAAAUGUCUGCCAGGAUCAACUGCCCGAGGAUUUUAGAUUCUUGGCUAGACUAUGCAGUUCCUCGGUUUCUCCAUUGCAAUGUGAUAUCUUUCCCAGUUUAGCGUAAAAGUUUAGUUAAAAAGCUUUUUAGUAAAAAUAUAACAAUCUAACUCGACCUGUAUUCUAAAUAAAUAGAAUUCCGGACAAUCCACUGAAAAUUUAAUUUUAGAUAUAUGUUUAACAUGUAUUUGGAAAUAGAGUGCCUCUAAUUUUGGGAGACUUAUUUAAGUAAUAUUGUAAAUUAUAAAUUUUCGAAUAUGUCCAAACUUAUUUGAAUAUCAUUAAGAGUGUAUC